GGACCAUAAGUUGGUAUGCCAACCGCCAUAAAACGUCAAAGAAGAAGACGAAGAAGAAAUUAAGCAAUGAUUUAGUUACAAACUAACUAGUAGUUACUAAGCACUUAGUGUUAACUUUACGUCUCAACUUACGUGAGACCUUACACACAGUUGGUGCAACCCUACCCUGUACACUUAGUUGUCGACGAACCUCAUUGUGUCGCGUCGCUCAUUGCAGACUUCGUUCAACUUUGACAUAGUUUAUCUGACCUGGGUAUAAAAGUACAACAGCGAGGCAAACAGCAAGGAUGACCAGCUCCAGGAAAGUGGUGGAAUUGUUCUAUGACGUUGUCUCUCCUUAUUCCUGGCUGGGAUUCGAGGUACUGUGUCGCUACAGAAGUGUUUGGAACAUCGACCUCAAAUUGAAACCUGCAUAUUUAGGGGGAGUCAUGCAUGCUUCAGGUAACAGGCCCCCUGGAUUGGUCCACAAUAAGUUUCUGUACAUGACCAAGGAUCUGAGACGGCUGUCUGAAUAUUUUGGAGUCCCAUUGUCUCCACCGGCAAAUGUUGUUGAGGCCAUGUUUGAGAAAGGCUCUCUGACUGCAAUGCGUUUUGUGACCGCUGUGGCAGAGAAAGAAACAAAUGGAGACAUGAUGGUGGAGAAAGUGUCUAGAGAGCUCUGGAAAAGAAUCUGGAGGACUGAUCAGGACAUUACCAAGGAUGCCUCACUUACUGAGGCAGGAUUAAAGGCAGGCCUCUUACCCACAGAAGUAGAGGCAUUAUUACACCUCGCCAAAUCUCAGCCAAUCAAAGACAAGCUGAAGAGUGUCACCCAGGAAGCAAUAGACUAUAACGCCUUUGGUUUUCCACUCACUGUGUGUCACGUGAACGGAAAGGCGGAGCCCUUCUUUGGUUCUGACAGAUUUGAGCUCAUGGCUCAUUGCAUCGGAGAGAAGUGGGUGGGGCCUCAGCCUACCAAGCCCAUAGCUAAAAUAUGAUCACUGCCCCUUUUUACUUGGUAUAUUUCAAUAAGCUCUCAAUAAAGAAAUGGGUGUAAAUAAAA